AAAGAGUUGUUGAUCCCCCUAAAUGGAAUUUUAAAGUUUUUUUGCUCAUCAUAUUUUAAUUUAUUUUCAGUCUUAUAAGACCUAUUUCAGUGUAUUAUUUUGUUAUUCCUACUCUUUAUGUUAGUCACGAGCAAGUAUAUAUCAAGUGUAUCAAAUUGGUGCAAUAGAAUCGGGAAAAAAUUUUAUUUUAUUUUUGUGGACUUUGUUGUGAACUAUUUUUAAUACGUGAAAAGUGGAAUAGAUAAGCUUUAAAUAGUAUUUUAAUAGUGGAAAGAAUUUUGAUGAUCAAAAAGAUCAUAGCUUCAUAAAAGAAAAUGUAUUAAUUAGAAGUAAAUAAGAGAAAAUUAAUAUUUUAUGUAAUAUUUAAAGAAUAAUAAUCGUCACAAAAACAAUGAAAAAACAAGUGUACAACAAUCAUCAGUGAGAAAUAGAAUAUAUAAUGAUGAAAAAUCUUAUUGUAAGCUCAUAAGAAGAAGGUAGUAAAAAAAGUCAAGUUGGCAUAAUUUAUUCACAUCAUAAUAAGUCGUUUAAAAAUAGUUUGUAGCCAAAAAGUAAACAGUAGAUGCUUUUAUUAUAAAUGUAAAUUAGAGAAUCGUGAAUGACCAAAAACAUACAAACGGUGCUAUCUGUAAAAUAACAACAACAAAAGCAAUAAGAAUGAGCUGGCUUAGAAGUUCACCACUUCGUCAGAGUUUUACUCGACGAACACAAGACAUCACACAAACUGGAACUGACAGUAAGGCAGUAUUUGACUCGUUCUGUAAACAUUGGCAACAGGUGAAUGAGAUCAUAAGUCGUUCAGAGAAUCGUCAAACACAACACGACGAUGUUUUAGCCGUUGUGAAUCAUCUUGAUCAGAUGGUGACAUUGUUACUUGUUGAACUACAUAAUUGUAAUAAAAUUACAUUACCGAAUGCACAACAACCACCAGCACCAUGCUUAGAAUUUAUGUUAAGUGAGAAUUUAUUGGAUAGACUUUUUGAAUGGAGUUUAAGUACCGGAAGAUAUUCGAACGGUGUUCGUUUAAAACAAUUAAAGCUUUACGAAUUGCUCGUUUCCCAUUCGCGACAUCAAUUGCUUGUUCAUGAGCCAUUCUUAAGGCCACUUUUGAAGCUUUUGGCAUCAUGUCAAAAUGAAAUAUUCCCAGAUGAUGUGAGCAAGAGACUUGUCAUACUUUUAAAUCAACUUUGUGUUGUUUUGAUGCAAAAUGUUCAUCUGUUGGACCUGUUCUUUUGCUCAACGCAACAACAUGGACAACAAAUAAGUGGCGCAAAUCAAACAAAUUUCAUCAUUUUUUCGCUUCUGAUUCCUUUUGUUCACUGUGACGGAUCGAUCGGACAUCAAGCGAGAGACGCUCUAUUACUGUGCAUGUCAUUAUCGCAAAAGAAUUCAAAUAUCGGAACAUAUAUUGCAAAUCAUUCGUCAAUGUCACCCGUCUUAGUAACUGGCUUAUGCGGUCUCUAUUCAUCAUUGCCCAAUUCUAUAGAUAUUCAAUCAAUUGAUUGGUUUCGCAUUACAGCCGACGAUGUUAAUGAAAUGCCCGAACUUACACUCUUUAUGAAUUCUCUAGAAUUCUGCAAUGCUGUUGUUCAAGUUGCACAUCCUCUUAUUCGUGAACAGUUGCUUGAUUUCCUUUAUCAAGGAUUUCUUGUGCCUGUUCUCGGACCUGCAAUAUUACAAAAACUUAAAGGAAGUCAUUUGCAGACAAACAUCGAGUCACAAAUCGCUGCAAUGGUUUAUCUAGACUUGAUACUUAGAUCUGUGACUGAUCCAGGACUUUUGAAAAUCAUGAUAAAGUUUCUGCUUGAUGAUGAGAAAUUCGAUGGCGAGAGGAUAUUGGACAUAUUGAUCGAUAGAAUUAAUUCGCAUGAUUCACGUUUAUGUAUGGUAACUCUCGCAUUGUUCUAUACAAUGUUAGGAUUGUAUAAUGAACAGCUAAUAAUGGAAUUAAUUCUCAAGUAUUUAAUUGGAGCAACACAUAUCCCAAUUGCACAAAAACACAAGAUUAAUAAGAUUCAUUCGUAUGCAAAAACUGUUGAUUAUUUCCUUGAAUUGGCACCAGAAGCAAUGAAGAAUUCAAACAUGAUAAUAGCUGAACAUAAGUCUCUAGAUUAUCAACAGCCUUCAUCGCUUCCAAUUCAAUCAAAUAAUAAUUCGAUAAGUAGAACGAUAGGUGCUAAUUGGAAUCAUUAUGGACUUCAUAAUACGGGAGAAUCACUUUAUUCCAAUUAUCAUGCAUAUCUAUAUGAUGCGCAUCAAAAAAUUAAACGGAUAAAGCAAUCAUGCGAUCAAUGGACUGACAAUUACUUCUACAAGAGUCCCCAAAAAGAAAAGCGUCUAAAUGCUAUAAAGCCAAAUGAACAAUUAGUACAAAUGAUUCAAAACUUUUUAACCGAAUUUAGUAUAGAGCCAAAUACGAUGAUGACGACGACUAAAUCGACAGCAAUGACAGGCAAUAGUGAAGAAGCGAUAAAUAGCAAUAAUGUUUCGAGCUCAAGCAAACAGUUAGACAGUCUUCAAUCUAUUGGAGAAAGUAGCGGUUAUGAAAGUAUGAAAUAUCGUCCAGACGAUGACGAAGAUCAAAGUGCCGACAUCUCCCAAAAAAAUCAGAGCCAAAUCUCCGACAGCAUUCAAAUUAGCACAACAAUAAACAGCAAUGUAACAAUAGUAAAGAAUAUCGAACCAUGGAGAAUGUCACGAUUUAAAGACGAACAGAAAAUUGAGUUGGAAUUGACUGAGGAUGCUUUCAUGCAAGGGACCGUCAGCUUAGGUCCCUUUCUGACAUCCAUCUGGAGUAAACUGCAGACAUUUACAAGCAAUUUGUUGUACGUUAAUCUUCAUUUGACAGGCUUAAUUUCUCACAUUGCUUUAUAUCCAUUACCUAUUGUACAUUCAAUUCUACUCCGUCCGGAUAUUCCAACCACGAGUGAUUCAUUUUAUCAAGUCUUAAAGAUUUUAAAGCAACAAAUCGAUGCCGAAUUACCAUUGACUGAAGAUUCAUUAGAACUGAUUGAUAUCGGUCGAACAUUUUUAAUUGAUCGUGAAUUUAAGCUAAUUAAUGCCCGUAAAAUUGCACUAGAAUCAUUAAAGACAUCAAGUAAGGGAACAAGCACAUCACAACUUUCAACAUCACAAACAGGCACCAUUCAAGCAUCACAUUUACAAUCAUAUGAUCCUUUUAAGCGACAAGAUGAGAAACGAAAGUCAUCUGGCAAUUCGAUUAUGAAUAUAUUCCGAAGAUCAGCAGCAGCUCCUUCAUCAUCACAACAACAUAAUAAUAAUAAUAGCAAUAGCAUGAAUAGUGGAACUAAUCAGGGUAAGUGUUUUCUGUUUGCCUUAUGUUUACAGAUAUUUAACUUUUCUUCUUCUAUGAUUGGGAAUCAUAACUGCACCAAAAAAAACACUAAUCUUUAAAAAAUUGAUAAAGAUAAUGGAACUUUGUGUCUAUAAUAAACAAAUUUUUUUAAUUCAUUUCAAUACUCUAUAUACAUAUUACACAGCUCAUACAUCGGGUUUUGCACAAAUCUAUGGUUUUUUAGCCGGUAUGGCGACAAAUCUUCGUGACCAGCCAAAUUCUCUAGAAUUGCAACCCACGAUGAAUGACUCUAGUGCUUUAAUAUUAAAUGUUAACGAAAGACAUCGAGACUUAGCAAUAUCAGCUGUAGUUAUGGACGAAUUCUUGAAAGAAUUAUCAGCAAUUUCUCAAGAAAUGUCAAUUGUGUUAUUAAAUGAAAACUUUAUGCGAUGAUUGUUUUUAUUACCUAUUAUGUAUUUAACAUAUAAAGUGAAUUUAUAUUUACAUUGAAUGAUAUUUUUUUGCCCCAAAACAUUAAUUCCUUCUUUUUUUCUCAAAGAAUAAUACAAUUAAUAAAAAUUUUGUAUAUUUUUUCGUAACGAA